CAAGCCACUUUGGCAAAGACUUUCCUCCCGUUUAUAACCGUGGGAGCCGCAGAUUGUUGCCUUGGCAAUUUGACACACAACUUUGGAGAAGGAGAAGCAAAGCCACAGGAGAAAAAGAGGCAACACAAACCACCAUGAUUAUUCCAGUUCGUUGCUUCACCUGCGGCAAGGUUAUCGGAAACAAAUGGGACACUUACCUUGAUCUUCUUCAAGCUGAUUACACUGAAGGGGAUGCCCUCGAUGCAUUGGGGCUGGUCCGCUAUUGCUGCAGGAGGAUGCUUAUGACCCAUGUUGACUUGAUUGAGAAGCUCCUGAACUACAACACUCUUGACAAGUCUGAUACUAGCUGAUCAAGCUUAUGGAGGGAGUGGGAGACGAAAUGAAGAACGUUCAUCUCUUGUAGAGUAGGUGGUUAAGGUUGUGACGAUUGUUAUGAUAUGGUACUCGACUAUGAAUAUUAUCCUGGAUAUGUAAUUUUAACAUUCCGGCCGUGUUUCAUGAACUAUAGCACAUCUAUCAAAUUUGAAGAAGCUUGUCAUGCUCUGUAAA